AUGGAGCCAUCUGUGAAUUCAUUGGGAAGAACAAAGAAACAGUUUAAAUGCCUGGAAUGUGGGAUGUGCUUUAGUCACAGUGGAAGACUGAGGACACAUCAACGAAUCCACAUAGAGGAGAAACCAUUUAAAUGUCCUGACUAUCGAAAAAAACAUCAAGGAACUCACACAGUGGAUAAACCAUUUGAAUGUAUUGAAUGUGGAAAGUGCUUCAGUCGAAAUGGAAAGUUUAGAAUACACCAACGAACUCACACGGGGGAGAAACCAUUUAAAUGUAUUAAAUGUGGAAAGAGCUUCAGUGAAAGUAGAGCACUAAGAAAACAUCAACGAACUCACACGGGGGAGAAACCAUUUGAAUGUAUUGAAUGUGGAAAGCGCUUCAGUGUAAUUGGAAACCUUAGAAAUCAUCAACGAACUCACACGGGGGAGAAACCAUUUGAAUGUAUUGAAUGUGGAAAGUGCUUCAGUCGAUAUGGAACACUUAGAAUGCACCAACGAACUCACACAGGGGAGAAACCAUUUAAAUGUAUUGAAUGUGGAAAGAGCUUCAGUGAAAGUGGAGCACUAAGAAAACAUCAACAAACUCACACAGGGGAGAAACCAUUUAAAUGUAUUGAAUGUGGAAAGUGCUUCAGGGAAAAUGGAACUUUUAGAAUACACCAACGAACUCACACAGGGGAGAAACCAUUUAAAUGUACUGAAUGUGGAAAGAGCUUCAGUGAAAGUGGAGACCUUAGAGUACACCACCGAACUCACACGGGAGAGAAACCAUUUGAAUGUACUGAAUGUGGAAAGAGCUUCAGUGAAAGUGGAAACCUUAGAAGACACCAACGAACUCACACGGGAGAGAAACCAUUUGAAUGUACUGAAUGUGGAAAGAGCUUCAGUGAAAGUGGAAACCUUAGAAGACACCAACAAACUUAUACAGGGGAGACACCAUUUAAAUGUAUUGAAUGUGGAAAGAGCUUCAGUCAAUAUGGACACCUUAGAAUACACCAACGAACUCACACAGGAGAGAAACCAUUUAAAUGUAUUGAAUGUGGAAAGAGCUUCAGUCUAUAUGGAACACUUAGAAUGCACCAACGAACUCACACGGGGGAGACACAAUUUAAAUGUAUUGAAUGUGGAAAGAGCUUCAGUGAAAGUGGACACCAUAGAAAACACCAAAAAAUUCACACAGGGGAGAAACUAUUUGAAUGUAUUGAAUGUGGAAAGUGCUUCAGUCAAAAUGGAACACUUAGAAGCCAUCAACGAACUCACACAGGGGAGAAACCAUUUAAAUGUAUUGAAUGUGGAAAGAGCUUCAGUCAAAAUGGACACCUUAGGAAACAUCAACGAACUCACACGGGAGAAGCCAUUUUUUGCCCCAUAGGACGUACUUUUCCCCCUCCAAAAAUGAAGGAGAAAUGUGUGUGCGUCCUAUGGGGCGAAUGCAGGCUUUCGCUGAAGCCUGGAGAGCUAGAGGGGUCGGUGCGCACCGACCCCUCUGACUCUCCAGGCUUCGCGCAGCUCUCCGCAAGGCGCGGGAGCCCGGCACUGGGCUCCCGCAGCUUGCGGAGAGUUGCCUGCAUGCCACACCCCUUUGUUUAUCGCUCAGACAGGCAGGGAGGGAGAAACGGGUCGGGCGGGCACGCACAGUUCAAACCACCACCACCCUGCCCAGCGCAAGGCGCCCGCUCUGCUUCCCGCCUCCAUGUUGUUGCCUGAGGGGAAGACGCCACCGCCGCCACAAGGAGGACGGGAGAAGGAGGUGGCUGAGGCACCAGGGGCGGGCGAUGCACUGGGGCACUGA